AUGGCCCACGGCUACUCCAUGCUCCCUCGCAAAACAUGGCAGAGAAAAUGUGGCUGCCAGGAGGUGCAGGCCGGAGGCGUGAAAAGGUCAGCAAAGGCCGGCCGGCCCCGCUGUGGCAGAAACCGGCUCGUUCCUGCUCGACUGGAAGAAAACAAGGCCGUGCAAGGGAAUAAUGCUGCCCGGUACACCCCGAAUCAGUGCCUUCGCUCGCGACGGACACGGAAGCAGCCGCCCAGCCGGGAAGGCCGCUCCCGAGGGGCGCCGGCGGCAGCGGCCGCGGAGGGGGACGGAGCCGGGGCUGGCGUGCGCUCUCGCGAGCCGCUUCCUAUGGAGGACCCGGGAAUGCGCACGCGCGAGGUCUCCGCGCGCGCGGGGACCGGCUCGGGGGUGUGGCGCUGUUCUGCGCCUGCGCGCGCUCGAGCGGCGCGAGGUCGGGGGCCGGGACUGUCUCACCGGCGGGUAGCGGCUGCCGGCGGCCGGGCCGCUCGCCGUGCUGUGGAGAUGCGGCGGUGGCCCAAGAGGCGGCAGGACGGCCAGGACAGGCGUAAGAGCCCCCGCCGGAACAGCCCGGCAGGAAGCCUGGUGCCUGCCCUUCUCCUAGUGUGCAUCCUCCUCUGUGGGGAGGAGGGCCUGAUGGGGGCUGUGCGUGGCGGGCGCCGAGGGGACCUCUUCAGUGCUGGGGAGACAACUGCCAGGAUCUUGAAGAAUGGUGUGGACGUGUGAUUUUUGGAUGUAGCUGGGUGUGAAGAGGCCAAGUUGGAGAUUAUGGAGUUUGUGAAUUUCCUGAAGACUCCCAAGCAGUGUCAGGGCUUAGGAGCCAAAAUUCCAAAGGGAGCCAUGCUCACUGCUCCUCCUGGUACUGGCAAAACGCUUCUUGCCAAAGUGACUGCAGGGGAGGCCAGUGUGCUCAUCACCGUGAAUGGGUCAGAGUUUCUGGAAAUGUUUGUCAGCGUUGGGCCAGCAAGGGUUCAUGACAUGUUUGCAGUGGCUCGAAAAAACUCUCCUUGUGUCUUAUUUAUUGAUGAGAUUGAUGCAGUUGGCAGGAAGCGAGGCCCAGGGCACUUUGGAGGCCAGAGCGAGCAGGAGAACACACUGAACCAGAUGCUUGUGGAGAUGGGUGGUGAGCGGAUGCUCACCAGUGACAGCUGCUGAGAGCAGGCCUGUCCAGUCAGCACCACCAGACACCACAUGACCCUCCUUCAGCUUUUGUUUCUGGAAACUCCUCGGCGAGAAUCCCUGAUGAUUAGGUUUUUAGGAAG